AUGAAAAAGGAGAGCGGUCAAAGAAUCCCUUCGUACGUCAUGGCUGAAUCAAGCGCCGACUCUGUUUGUCUCGAUGUCGAGACCAUUUAUUCCGGAGGAAAGGAGCAUACAGUACAAACUGGAUGCGGCUCUGUAUCUGUUAUAGUUUAUGGAGACCCAGACAAGCCGCCUCUGGUUACUUAUCCUGAUCUAGCUUUAAACCAUAUGUCUUGCUUCCAAGGGUUAUUCUUUUGUCCUGAAGCUGCAGCAUUGCUUCUGCACAAUUUCUGUGUUUACCAUAUUAGUCCACCUGGACACGAGUUGGGAGCUGGCGCUAUUUGUGAUGACAAUCCCGUGCCUUCUGUAGAUGACCUAGCAAAUCAAGUUCUUGAGGUUCUCAACUAUUUCAGGCUUGGUGCAGUUAUGUGCAUGGGUGUAAUGGCUGGUGCUUACAUCCUUACCUUGUUUGCUGUAAUGUCCAAUUUGCUGUAUUAUUAUGGUAUGUGCGGACUCCUGAAGGAUAUCUUGCUUUACCGAUAUUUUAGCAAGGAGGUUCGUGGCAGUGCAGAAGUUCCAGAAUCGGACAUAGUUCAAGCAUGCAGAAGACUUCUGGAUGAGAGGCAGAGCAUGAAUGUGUUGAGGUUCCUUAAAGCAAUAGAUAGGUAUUCUGCAAUUGGUAGUGUUUUUCUUUGCACGUCUCUGCAUAGGAGACCUGAUUUAACUGAUGGGUUGAAAACUCUGAGAUGUCGGACUCUGAUUUUUGUUGGAGAUGAUACUCCUUUUCAUUCGGAGGCACUUCAUAUGGCUGCUAAUCUAGACAGCAAAUUUAGUGCGCUGGUUGAGGUACAGGCUUGCGGAUCAAUGGUCACGGAAGAGCAGCCUCAUGGAAUGUUGGUACCCAUGGAAUAUUUUCUGAUGGGUUACGGUCUAUACAAGCCCAAUCAGUUUAAUGGCAGUCCAAGGAGUCCACUGAGCCCAACUUGUAUUGCACCAGAGCUUCUCUCUCCAGAGAGCAUGGGAUUGAAACUAAAACCAAUUAAGACUCGUAUUUCGCCAAAAAGAUGAUAUCUGAAUCCAUUCUCUCUCUUGUAAAUUGGAAGUCCAAAUAUUUUUUAUUUCUUUGAAUUCUUUAUUGCUGUUUUAGUUGAUUGAGGGUACAAAAAUUUGUGAUAGGUUAGAAGAUUGAUUCUUUGUUGAGCAUAGGGCCGGAGUACUUUGUUCGUAUUGAAUUGAAUUCAAUUGUUGCUCAGUCAUCAACUCUCAUUUGGGUUUAUAUGGUCUGUAAAUGCUGGAUAUAAACAUUCUGUAGCAAGUAAUGCUGUACCGCGCAAGUGAGCUGGUGACUGGUAUAGAGAGCCGGUCCUAAACAAUUGUAGGCUCUCUGGCCAAAUGAAUAAAUAGUGCCUG